UUGAGGCUGCUAGAGUGCAGCAUUCCCUGUCGAUUUGAUACACGCUCUAACCCAAUUUUACAGCCUCUAUGUCACUUGGUGAACGAUUAACCGCAAAAAUGUGUUUAAGUCACGGACUAAGUGGUAUAAAACAGCGCAAGAGCCCAGCGGGAGAGGCAGGAACUGCGUCACGCGCUGCCAACGCAAACUGCAAGCACGCUUAAAAGAUCGGAUAAUUUCAUUUAGUUUAUUCCGUUGAAAAGACGAUUAACAUGGAAACGGGGCACUGUUGUGAGAAAAGUGCAAAAGAAAGGACAGGGUAUAUAACUCGUGUACAGAGUUUUAGUGCCUGCCAUCGACUGCACAGUAAGUCCCUGAGCGAGGAAGAGAACAAGGAAGUGUAUGGAAAGUGUAACAACCCCAAUGGUCAUGGCCACAACUACAAAGUUGAAGUGACAGUACGAGGAAAAAUAGAUCCCAUAACUGGCAUGGUCAUGAAUUUGACAGAUCUCAAGAGGCACAUUGAGGAAGCCAUCAUGAUUCCCCUUGAUCACAAAAACCUGGAUAAGGAUGUGCCACACUUUGAAAAUGUGGCCAGCACAACUGAAAAUCUGGCUGUGUUCAUCUGGGAUAGCCUGGCAAAGCUUCUUCCACCAAAUUUGCUGUAUGAGAUCAAGAUUCACGAGACUGAGAAGAACAUUGUUGUUUACCGUGGAGAGUAAUCCAAUACAAUACCCAGCUCAGUUAAAUUUAACAGUGUGCAUUUCCCUUACUGUAAGGUACAAUGUUUAAAAGAAUUUGCACCAAGAAUAAACUCAUAAAUGUCUUGUUAGAUUUUGUGUAGUUUUUAUGUAGUUUUUCUAAUAUUUAUUUCAAUGGUUUUCAGUUAAAUCAAGCCUGAUUCUCAAUACUUAUGUAUUCCGUGGAUUUUGCAGCAUUAGCAUGCAAGCCUCUUCCCACACUAAUCUUUCCAUGGGGAGAUGAUAACUGAGCUCUUAAUAGAUCUUUUUUAUUGAAGCCAGAUGGUAUUUAUGAUUCUCAGAAAUACCAAAGAGGACAACCACAAGUAACAUAAGAGGGUAUCUGUUACUACUGCCUUGUGAUACAUUGAUACAUUGAUUAAUGUCAAGCUACAGUGGUGUAUAUCCUGUGGUGUGUAGAGGUUUUCCAUCCUCAGGGUGAUCAGAUUAAGAUAUCUCAUCAAAUAAGUAGACUAGACAAGUAUCACUAUGGUGACCACGGUUUCAGUCACUUACUUUUUUGCAUUUUUUUUAAAAACGGUAAAACAUCUCCUUGAAUUGCAAACCAGAGAAACAAUUUUAUUUUAAAUAUGAUGCUAAUAUGGUGCUAAUUAUCCUUCACAGUUAUUUUCAAUAAAUGGAUUUUUUUUCCUUUGUCUCACAACUGCCAGUGGGUGUCAUCACAGGCAUUUGUGUAAUUUACAUAUUAUACUUGGUAGGUCUAGUGCCUAGAUUUGAGCUGCAGGCUAUGCAGCCUUUCUUCUCAGAUAAAUUGUUAAUUGUUCAGCUUGGAUUGGGACUCCUUCCUGCAAGUCAGUCUCAAUAUGAGAAACCACAUUUUCACAUUACAUGAAAACAAAGGAAAUGUUGCAUAUGUGUUCAUAAAAUAUUCCAUUUAUUUGAUCAUUUAUGGAACCGAAAGUAUUUUUUUAUUGUUUAGGUUCUUUAAGCCCUUGGGUAAUUCAGUACAAGAAUGACUGAGCUAUCAUUGAAUAAUUAACAUUGUUUUUAGAAGCAUUGAACUUGCAGAAACAUUUUUUGUCUUUUCGUCAUUAAGUUGGAUAUUCGUCAAACACUAUUUGGUUUAUAACUACUGAAAAUCAAUGAAAGGCCUAUCCUCAAAGAAAACAUUGCGGUUAAUGUGAUUUGAGUGGUGUAAUUCAUUCACAAUCCCAAAACAGACCAAAUGUGUUAUUUUGUGCACUAUUUCGAACAUCAGGAUGUUGUGAAUUGGCUGUAGCUGUUGCAUUGUUUUCUUUAAAACUUUCCUAGACAAUUACAUUUUUUAAACACAAGAUAUUUGUGCUGUUUUUUUUAUGGAAGUUACAGUGACAUGUUUAAGU